UCCAGCAGUGCACUGCUAUAGGCUGAGAUGAUGAUGAUGAUGACAUAUAUUGAUUAGCAAUUAUUCGAGCUUCUAUGAAAUUUUAACAAAUACGGAUACGGACAAACAACCGUUUUUUAUUUUUGUAUUUUCCUUUCGCUCCGCAACAAUAAAAAAAAAAUUGGAAAAAAUCGAAACUUUAUAUUCGACCGCAAUCAUUAAAACAUUUUAAUUUAAUAGGUUGAAGACAACAAUAACAAAAUAAAGCUUUGCUUAUUUUAAGGAAAAAUGUUCAAUUAAUCAGCUAAAAAUAUCAGUGCCUUAAUUGUGUAUGAAUUCAUGAGUAAAUUACAAAAUAGCGUUUGAGGAAGAGUUGUAAAUAAAUAUGUCAUAAUGUUAAGUGUGCCCGGGCGAAUAGUGCUCUGAGUGGUGUUGAAGUGGGGCAAAAUGAAUUGGUAUAUUUGGGCAUGUCUGCUCACAGCCCUGCCAGCUGGCCUGGCCAUCUACCACGAAUAUUCUGCGGUGUCUUUCACCGCCCCAGACCUGAAGACUCGACCGAACGACACAUUCUUUGGAUACAGUAUUACUUAUGACUCUGAGCAUAAAAAUUUAAUUAUAAGUUCACCAGCUGAAAACGAUAUUGGUGAAGUAUACAAAUGUACACUUAAUGAUGACCGAAAUUGUACAAAAAUUCCAAGGACUGUUGACAGAUAUAGUACAGACUACAAACAUAAAUACUUAUUUGGAGCUACAGUGAAAGCAGGACCCAAGUUUGUGGUUAUGUGUGCCCCAAGAUUUGUGGAACUUAACAGAAUUAUAAUUUCCCUUGCAGUUUACAGGAUAUACGGAUCAGGUGGGAGGUGUUAUUCCUACAAGAAUGGAGUAACUACCCUCAUGAAGACUGUAGAUGCUUAUGAAAAGAAUCAAGUCCGCCAUAACAGUUCAGAACAGACGUUUGAUACGUUUGGCUGGAGCAUAGACGUGGGUAGCAAUGACGCUGUGAUCGUCGGUGGCCCGGGGAUGCAUAAUGGAGAAGCAAUGCUGUAUAACGUUAACACCGCAUUGCCACGUUUGUUGCAGAGAAUUGAUCACAAAACCGCUAAAUUUAACUUCGGUUAUAGUGUUGCCGCUGGCACAUUUAUUAACAACGAUCUGUUUUACGCUGUUGGCUCUACAUAUGGCGACAUGGGUAAUGGAAAGAUAUACUUCUACAAUGGAUUGCAAUGGAGUCAUACAUUAAAAAAGGAGGUAGAUCCAAAUGUCGUCGGGUCUAUGUUCGGAGCAGUGCUGUGUGCUGCCGUGCUCAACGGGAAUAGAACUCUGAACGGGACGAGGACUGACCUGCUGGUGGGAGCGCCCACCUAUGCCACAGAGUCGGACUACGAUGUCGGAGCUGUAUACGUGUACCUAGCGCUUAAUACAGGAAACCCACCGGUAUUCAAAAGGAAAAUUGUUGGACAGUCGGAAGGAGCGAUGUUUGGGAGUGCUAUCUGUAACAUGCGAGACUUGAAUGGAGAUAAUAAAGAUGAAAUAGCAAUAGGUGCGCCAUUCGAAAACGGACGCGGGGCAGUCUAUAUCUACAGCGGAAUGGACUUGGUCAGUCAGAAGACGGAGCAGACCCUGACAUGGCUGCAGAGGAUUGAGCCACAGCCCGAUAAACGAUACACGUCAUUUGGAUUUAGUUUAACGAGACUGUAUGAUUAUGACGAUAAUGGGUGUGACGAAUUGGCCAUUGGAGCCCCACACAGCGACGCCGUAGUUCUGCUAAGAUGUAUAGCAACAGUCACAGUCAAACUGAUCACGAAAUUCCCUAACCUACAGAAUCGUUUAAGCAAAACUGACUUCACAUUCGACGUUUGUUUGUUAGUCGACUACCCCACUAAACCUGAUAAAAUAAUAGCAAAUUUAUCGACUACUGUGGAAAUGAUUCACCCGUUCGCCAAACUCACGACUUCGUCGGGCACGUAUACAUUUGGAACUUCACUAGAAGAUAAGAAAACGGAGUACUGCAACAGAAUCCCAUUUACUCUGCCUCGGACUGGCAAAUACGACUCGGAGAUUGAUAUCGUCGCGGCAUCCACUUUGUUGGACAGCCCAGUAGAGCGCAAGGACUUCGACAGCUCCCGAGUGAUGCUCAGUGACAGGAGCGAGCUGACGCUGCAGUACUCGGUGUGGGCCGCCGAGUGCGCCGGCAACAAGGAAUGCGUGCCAAACCUACACCUGACCAACAGUUCCUCUAUCAUAAUACCACUUUCCUUCCAUAGGGAAGACUACAAGAUAGGUUCAAGUAAGAGAGAGACCUUCUCAGUAAAUGUGACCAACACUGGGGAGGUCGCGUACGACGCGUGCCUGCGACUGCGCAUCACCGGGACAGUUGUCUUCCAGCAUUCCCCCGCUUGUGUGACCGAGACCAACGGCACUCUGUUGUGUACGCCGGCGAAACCGAUAGCUAAUAAUGCUGAAUGGUCCACUGGCGAUAUUGUACUGGACAUGGAAGGCCGUACCAACCAGGAUCGGGACAUACAGAUCGACUCAUACCUCUACACUCGUUGCAGAGAUUUUAACUAUAAAACCUUCACGAGUUCAUUUAAACUACAGGCAGACUACAGCGGGUUCAGUAUAGCUGGAUUAACAAAUAUCGGAAAUAUUGUAAAUAUAACGAAGGAGGAAGUUCUCUCUCACGGCAAACAAAUGGAGCACAUAUAUACGAUUACAAACAACGGCAUGACGAACUGGAAGGAUCUGACAACGCUGGUGGCUUUGCCAAAGGAACCAUUCAUCAAAUACAACGAUAUCCCGGUCACACUUUACAUAAAUGACAUAUUAACGCAAAGUAACUGCACUUCACAAUCUACUACGGAAAAGUUCUAUAACAUAAAGUGUAAGAUAGGUAGUCUGAGGGCAAAGGACCAGGUUAUUAAGAUUAUAGCUCCCAUGAACAUCGUUCGUGGGACCCUUGAUGGCAUCAUUGAUGACAAGAAUAUUACUAUAAAUUCCAGUCUUUCCAUUUUACUGCCCUAUGAUGGGAUUAUAGAAGUAAAAGGAAGUAUCAUGACGACGAUACAAUUGAAGUUAGGCGAGGUACCGCUGUGGGUGAUCAUUCUUGCUAGCAUCGUCGGGUUAUGCAUCCUAUUCAUCAUAGCCUUUAUACUUUAUGAGGUUGGUUUUCUGCGGCGCAAGAAUAAGGAAAAGUUACUGAACUUGAAAAAGAGUGUUUAUCGGCAAUCUAUGAGACGUUCAACAAUGAUGGAACGACGCCCGCGACACGACGACCGCACUCAGAUGAUUGUAGAAGAACUGCAAGAAGAUGUACACUGAUAAAAAACUAAAUACGAAACAAACAAAUUACAAUACCUACACAUCAUUUUGGAAAAUACCCAGAUUCGCCUGCCCUUCACCAACUCCUAAGUGCUUUUGCUGCGAGAGAAGAAACGGCGCUACAAAUUCAGAAGCACGCUGUCUUUACAUAACAAUCAAUUUAGAAAUAGGCUGGUAAUAAUACUUCAUUAUAGGAAUUAAGAGUACUUAUUGACUCAAAUAAAAGUAAGGAGAGAAAGUCUAUGGACGAAAAGAAACUUAGGUGUUUUAAGAAGUAAAACAGUAAAGUCAUUAAAAUAUGUUUAAUAAUUAUAUUAUUAAAAGUUUAUAAAUUAUAAAUAAGAAUUACGAA